CUUGGUUUACUUUCAUAUGUAUGUAUAAAUAAGAAUUAAAAUCAAAAAAACCUAGAAAUUAAAGGGUAAAGAACCAGUUUUGAGUAACUCUAAGGAGAGAGAAAAAGUGCUUGAAAUGCUGGCAUUGUUUAGGAAGAGGCAUGAUGAAAUCUCACAAAGUGGGAGGGGAAUUAGGAGGGUUGAUACAAUAACAUAUGGUGAAUUGAAAAGUGAAGGGAAGAUUAUGAAUAGGUUUGCAUUAAUGAUUGGGUCUAUGUCUGGGGUAGAAGUUGGGGAUAAGUUUCACUAUAGGAUAGAGUUGUUGCUUGUUGGGUUGCAUAAGCAAACUCAAGGUGGGAUUGAUAGUAUGGAGUGGCGCGGGAACAAGAUGAAUGAUCCUAAUGCCUUGACUUACAUUGGGGAAGGCCGGGUUCUUACACGCCACAAAGUUGGGGUUCCUCCUGAUCAGGAGCUUAAGAGUGGGAAUCUUGCUUUGUUGAAUUGCAUGAAGGAGAGAAGGCAUGUUAGAGUGGUAAUGGUUAGUGCAAAUAUCAUUUAACUUAGUCAUAGACUUUAAGCAGACUUCAUAUAAAAAAGUCAUGGCCUGUUAUAACUUAGAAUUAUGUGACUAGCAAUAUGGUUUAGUCAUUAUGAGAUUUA